CUUAGAAAGUCAACCUUUUUAACGCAGUUGCACAAGACCGCUGGUAGCCGGCAACGAUAGUCGUGAACCGUGCUCCAGGCCCGCAAUACGUGAUACUCGUGUGUGUUAACGUUGGUCCCGUUAGUGAUUUUAUCAACGCAUCAGCAAGAUUCUUAUAAAAAAGGUGCCUUCGCAAAGAUGGCAGCGACGAAGUAUUCGCAUCCCUUUUUAUAUGGAUUGAAGCCAUUUCCAGAGGGUCAUGAUGAAGAAAUCCAAGAGAUACGGGAAUGGAUGAAGAGUCAGCCGCACCUGCCAUACAUAUCAGAUGAAUUUAUUAUCCUUUUCCUGCACUCCAACUAUUACAAAGUGAAGGAAACCCAGGACACAAUUGAAUGCUACUUCACUUUACGGUAUAAUACUCCAGACCUGUUCACGAACCGGGACCCUUUGAUGCCAAAGAAUCAAGUGAUUUUGGAUAUCGCGCAUAUGGCCGCGCUUCCCAAAUUGACACCCGAGGGAUAUCACAUCCUCCUAUACAGACUGGCAGAGACAGAUUAUAGCAAAUUAUGUUUCGCAGACGCUGUACGAGUGUUCUGCAUGUUUAAUGACAUCAAGCUGUCUGACGAUAAACUCUCUGAGGGAUAUAUUGUUAUCUUUGACAUGAAGGGAUGCAGUUUGGGACAUUUGACUAGAGUUACGUUGCCUGCGCUCCGAGCUUUUAUGCAAUAUAUUCAAGGGGCCCAUCCGGCUCGUCUAAAAAAGAUUCACGUAGUGCAUACUGUAUCUUUCAUAAACCAAGUGAUGUGUCUGGUCAAACCACUAAUUCACUCUAACCUCUACAACCUCCUCAACUUCUCGUCGGAAGGACCAGCGUCUGUCGUUGACCUAGAAUACCUGCCAGAAGACUAUGGUGGUCCUUUACGACCAGUAAAGGAUCUACACGAGGAACAGAGAAGGAGCAUGGAGACCGAUUACAGGGAGUGGCUUAUUGAAUCGGAGAUAUUCAAAACUGAUGAGAAGAAGCGAAUCAAGAAACCAAGCAGAGGUUUGUUCGCGUCUCUGACUAGUAGCUUUAAGGGACUAGAUAUCGAUUGAUUUGUGCAAUGUAUAUGUAUACGUCUGUGUUAGGAAAUAGACGUAAUUAUAGGCGCUUCUUUUUGUUAUUGUUUUAUAGGAAUAUGUUGGUAAUGAAUUUAAAAGCGACUGUCGAUAUAACUCCGUAUUAUAACUUUUGUAACAUUGUUCUCUUAUUUUAUAAUGUAAAAAAUCAACAAAGGA